AAUGAACCCUUCCCUGUCUGUUUCCUGUUAAGGUAACUUGACACUCGUAGGUGAUCAACAAACCACAUCUCCUGCUGUGGCCUGUAUGUAAAUGUAUUGUACCUUAUUUUAAGAUCCUUUCCACUGAGUUAGUGUUCUCAAUACUGAAGUAAGAUAAAAACAAACCUUGCGGCUCUGAGUUUGGGCUUAUAUGUGCUAUAACUAGCCAUGUUAUUUUUCAAAACAGUUCAAAUAAAGAUAACACCUACAUUUGACUGGCCACAACAUCCGUCCUAAGUCUGUAGACUUUGUUUGACACAAAACCAUAUGCAUAUUUUUAAGGUGAACAGACAUUUCUAAAUAUGAGUUUCAUGACGCUGUAGUCUGCACCUGAUUCUUUACUGCGGUGAUGGUGUCCGUUCACUGUGCUCAUGAACCAUCAGCCAUGAGGGGUGGAGUGCAUGUCUCCUCAUUCUAGAACUCCACUGUUUGAUUGACAACAUCAGCUUCCUAGCAGAUGUUAUCAUGAACUAUCUUAUGUGCUGGAGUGUUCUAUUUGCUGCCCAAUUGAAUCCAGCAAUAUUGGAAAUCAAUGGCAAAUCAUUACAUGAACAUGAGGACAGCACUGGUUGGCCUAAGCCAGAGAUCUCUACCCAGCUGACAGUCAUGACAGUGAAGGACCAGGUUGAGUUGCAUUGUGACCUACAGCAUUGGUAUGAUGAGUGCCUUAUUAAUUCCAGUUCCCAACAGAGGCCUUUCAACGAGGGCCAGUCCAAAACAAAACCCUGCACUGUGACUGUGAGUGGGGCUCAGCUCCUGGUACCUAAAGCUGGCUACAAUACACUGAUCCAGAUCUCAUGUGGUUACUCUCGGAAUACAACCUGGAGAUACAGUGACAAUAUUACGGUGAUGGUUUUCAAUAUUAAUCUGCCCAUGAAGUACAUAGUCAUCUCAGUGGUUGGGAUUGGACUCACCAUCCUGCUCACUCUGUGUAUCCUUAUCUGGGGCUGCUACACCAUGCUGACUGCUUCAAGAAACAGAGCACCUCCACUUCCCUCCCAAAGUUAUCCAACUCAACAAACGGAUCAGCAAAGCACAGAAGUGGCUGAGGGAGACAAAGAGGUGAGACAAGAGCCUGAGGAUGAUCUGUGCUAUGCUACAGUGAGGUAUUCUAGCACUGUGAAGCGCUCACCACAGGUGCUCCGGUUUGAACAGAACUCUGAGUAUGCUUCAGUGAUCUUCAACUAACCAACACGGCGCCCUCUAAUGACCUUCAGUUGGCAACAUUCUAAUCAUAUAUUUGUGAUCAUACUCCUCAGUGGGUUAAUGAUCACAGCACAUUCCCUACCUGUGCAGAGGAAGGAGGACAGAACCUAGGAUAUCAUUACUAGCCAUUGAGACAAUACAAACAUACCAUAGACUGCUAAAACUAAAACAUUAUGAAUGUGAAAUGCUUGAAUUAAUUUCUAUUUGUAGAGGCAUUUUUUCCCCUGUUAUCGCCAGUUUGUUUUGUUGGUUUAUAAGCAGUACAAGACAGACCAUGACUCAUGUCUUAAAAUGUCAAUGCAUGUUUGUUUCUUUAAUUAAGUUCACUAAUUUUGAUUCAUCAGUUAAAACAAAGAUUGUAACUUAAUUAAAGACCUUAUUCAACAGUC